AGUUGUUUGGAGGUUGGCGGUGCGGUGUUGACGGUCCUCUGGCAGAGCGAUCAUGUCGCACAAACAAAUUUACUAUUCGGACAAAUACGACGACGAGGAGUUCGAGUACCGGCACGUCAUGUUGCCCAAGGACAUAGCCAAGCUGGUCCCUAAAACCCAUUUGAUGUCUGAAUCUGAAUGGAGGAACCUUGGCGUUCAGCAGAGUCAGGGAUGGGUCCACUAUAUGAUCCAUGAACCAGAACCUCAUAUCUUGUUGUUCCGGCGGCCACUGCCCAAGAAGCCAAAGAAAUGAAGCUGGGGAGCCAUUUUUUUCAGCCUCAAGCUUUACGCAGCUGUCCUCACUUGCUAACGUUUUUCUGAUGACAUUAUUGUGUUGCCUUCUUGUUUCUCACUUUGAUAUUUAAAGAAUGUUCUAUACACUGUUUGACUGUGCUGAUGACUGCUUUGCUCCUUAAGCAGAGCCAACAGGACCACGGCCCAGCCGGAUGAGUACUCUUUGGGUUGCAAACCAAUGUAAACUCUGUAUCCAGAAUACACUAGGCAGAUGGAGGAAGCAUCUGAGAAUAAGACCAUGGCUGUUACAAGGAUUGUGUAAACUUGCUGUUUCGUUUUUUUUCCCCGCCAGGUGUUGUGUGUAUGGUGAUUUAUGUUUCAAUGUAUUGGAAGCUUUCCAUUUUAUUCAAGAAAUCUGUUCCAUGUUACAAGCCUUGAUUAAAGAGGAAGUUUUUAUAAUCUAA